GAUCAGAUCCUCGAUUCUCAAACAAAACCAAGUGCAGGCAUGGCUUCAAAUCAACAAGUGAAGCUUUUCGGAACCGUAGGAAGCCUAUUUGUGACGAGAGCAGAGAUUGCUCUGAAACUCAAGGGAGUGGAAUAUGAGUACAUUCAUGAGUCCUUGACCAACAAAAGCGAUCUUCUUCUCAAGUACAACCCAGUUCACAAGAAGGUCCCUGUGCUUCUUCACAACGAGAAGCCCAUCUGUGAGUCUCUUGUGGUCGUUGAAUACGUCGAUGAGGCUUGGACUGGCUACCCUAUCCUGCCUUCUGAUCCUUAUCAAAGAGCCCUGGCUCGUUUCUGGUCUAGGUUCAUCGAUGACAAGUUGUUGCCCGCGGGAUUUAAAGCAGCGUGGAACCCGGACGUGAAGGAGAGGGAAAAGGGAGCUGAAGAAGCAACAGAGGCUCUGAAAAUUCUGGAAAACGAGCUGAAAGGGAAGUUCUUUAAUGGGGAUUCAAUUGGGUUAGUGGAUAUCGCCGCUCUGUUCAUCGCUUUCUGGAUGCCGAUAAUUCAAGAAGCUGGUGGGCUUGAUCUGUACCGUGCUGAGACAUAUCCCAAGCUAGAGAAGUGGGGUCAAGAGAUUUUGAAUCACCCAGUGGUGAAAGGAGUUUUGCCUCCCAGAGAACAUCUCCUCGCCUUCUUCAAAACUCGCUUUCAGAGCAUCGCUGCUUCAAAAGGAUUAUUGGUGAAGAAGAUUUGGAUUCCUCUUGCUACUGGGCUUGAAGCAGCAAAGAGGCAUAUGGCUGAAAAGCAAGAGGUGAGGCUUUUUGGAAUCGUGGGAAGCCCAGAGACGACGAGAGUAGAGAUUGCCCUGAAGCUUAAGGGAGUGGCAUAUGAGUACGUUCAUGAGUCUCCCACCAACAAAAGCGAUCUUCUUCUCAAGUAUAACCCAGUUUACAAGAAGGUUCCUGUGCUUGCCCACCACGAAAAGCCAGUAUGUGACUCUCUUGUGAUUCUUGAAUACGUUGAUGAGACGUGGAAAGCUUGUCCCAUCUUGCCUUCUGAUCCUUACCAGAGAGCCUUGGCUCGUUUCUGGUCCAAGUUCAUCGACGACAAGGUGAUACCAGCAAUAUUCAAAGCAUCCCUGAACCCAAACGAGAAGGAGAGAGAAAAAGGGAAGGAAGAAGUAUCGGAGGCUCUGCAAAUAAUGGAAAAUGAGCUGAGAGGGAAGUUCUUCCAUGGAGAUUCAAUUGGGAUUGUGGACAUUGCUGCCGUGUACGUUGCUUUCUGGCUUCCAAUAAUUCAAGAAGCCGGCGGCCUUCAACUCUUUACUGCUGACAAAUUCCCAAAGCUUGAGAAAUGGACUCAUGAAUUUCUGAAUCUCCCUUAUGUGAAGCCAACUUUACCUCCAAGAGAAAAGCCCCUUGCCUACUACAAAAAUCUCUUUCACAGCCUUGCUUCUUCCAAGUAGACGAACCAAGCAUGUGCUAUUAUCAGUGGUGCAUCUUUCAUGAGUUUUGUAGUUUCAUGUCAAAAUAAAAUAUAAACAUCUCAGGUUGACUCAGAUGCUAUUAAAAAAAAAUGCAGUGGAUCGUAGGGAUUUAUCUUGAUGGUUAUGUGCUUGGAUUAAUGUGUCAUGUGCAAAAUUUAUGAUAUGAUGCCGUUCAUUA